GUGCUACUACUGCUAGUACUUUGUUCCACGGUCCCAGAAGCUUGGCGAGGCUGGCGGCGCUCUGGCUCUGGCUCUGGCUCUGGCUCUGGCCCUGACUCGUUUCUAGAGGGGUUUAGUGGCUCGCGUGAGGUUGCAGCAUGGGCAUGGGCAUUGGAAUCCUCCUCGUCUAGAUACUGUUCUGGUCUGUUAUUUUGA